AUGAGACCAAGAUGGACUCAAACACUAACUUUCCGUAGAAGUAUACCUUUCUCGGCCUUUUGGCUAAGAUCAAGUGUAGUAUCUGUUCUUAUCAGUUUAAUAUCUGAUACGAGGGUCAUCGACCCUCACGAUAUUAAUCUUAUUUAUUUCAGGGUGAGAGUCCAAUCGAGCAGCUUGCUGUUCGGGACUCUCCAGUGUCGCCUAGGUAUUGCACUACCUCCCAGGCCGGCGCAGCCCACUUCUCCUCACGGAGAACCAAUGAAAACAAACAGGAAAUCAAUAUAA